CAUAUUAAACAAAUAAGCUGGGAUAAUUGACAGGGUGUAUGCACAUGCCUGCAACCUGCUUAUAAAUAGAAUGGACAUGGUGUAGUUGAAGGCCAAGAAUAAAUAUAUUUUUCCUUUGAGUUGACUUGAGCUAUAUAUAGCAGCUGUGCAGAUCGAUCUAUACAUCAAUCUUAUUGUUCCUUUUUCCCUUGAAUUGAAUCAGAUAGAAAUUCACAAUGGCAAAGGCAAUUCCUGAGGUAAUACUGAGCUGCGGUGACGACAUUCUAGCCAUUCCAGUGAUUGGCAUGGGAAGUGCAUAUCCUGCGCCGGAUCCAGAAACAGACAAGGCUGCGGUUCUUGAAGCCAUUAAAGCCGGCUACCGCCACUUUGACACCGCCUUAGUUUACGGGUCGGAGAAAUAUCUAGGUCAAGCCAUAUCCGAUGCUGUGCGUCUUGGACUCAUCAAGUCCAGGAGUGAGGUGUUCAUCACCACCAAGCUUUUUGCCAGCUUUGCUGAGAAGGAUCUUGUGGUGCCUGCCCUUAACAUGAGUCUAAGGAAUCUGCAACUGGAGUACGUGGAUAUGUACAUAAUUCAUUGGCCCUUCAAAUUUGGGGGAGAGGUGAAGAGUAUGCCUGUUGCAAAAGAGAUGGUGCUACCUCUAGAUUUGAAGUCAGUUUGGGGAGGCAUGGAAGAGUGCAAGAGACUUGGCCUUGCCAGGGGCAUUGGCGUCAGUAAUUUCACUUGCAACAUGCUUCAGGACCUCCUUUCCAUCGCCAAAAUCCCUCCCGUCCUCAACCAAUUGGAGAUGAGCCCAGCUUGGCAGACAAAGAAACUGAAUGACUUCUGUAAGGCAAAGGGUAUCCAUGUUACAGCUUACUCUCCCCUGGGUGGAGCUAACAGUCGAGUAGGAGACGACAGGGUUUUAUGCUCAAACAUCCUCGAAGACAUUGCCAAAGCCAAAGGCAAAACAACUGCUCAGGUAUCGUUGAGGUGGGUUUAUGAGCAAGGGGUGAGCAUGGUAACAAAAAGCAACAACAAGGAAAGAAUGAAGCAGAACGUUGACAUAUUCGAUUGGUCGUUGACUGACGAGGAAUUGGAAAAGAUUAGUCAUUUUCCUCAGCGGAAAGCAGUUACCUUUGCCUCAAUUGUUGGGCCGCAUGAUCUAAUUGUCGACAUUGACGCCCAACUGUGACCCUGUUCUUCGGAGGGGAGGAAAUCGAAUUAAAGUUAAAUAAAGAGUAGAGUACUCUAAAUAAAUAAAAAGAAGCACCAACACCAAGGGCGUUGACAUGUUCGUCUUAGGAAAAGAUGUACAUGUGUUUGUUCUCUCUUGUUACUUGUUCCGGCGGCGUAUAUGAUGUGCUGCUACUACGUCUUAUUUAACACGUCUGGGCGCCGGUGAAGAAAAUUUAUAUAGAAUAGGAAUAUUAUUCUUUUAUUCAGGGCUUGCAUUGGAUUGGAGUUAUUUUUUUAUUUUCUUCUUGUUUUCAAGUACAAAUAUUAUAUGAAUAUAUAUAGAGUUCCGUGUGAAAGUUGGAAUUAUCGGUUAUAUAUAUAUUUUAUUUGUUC